CUUCCAACCAAAAGUCAUCUUGUGUCGACACGCAGCGUUGGUUUUGCAAUUAUUUUUCACAUUUUCACAAAAUUAAGAUCAAUUAUUUUUACUGAAGUGUCGUGAAAAUUCUUUUUCCGGUUGCUGGUUGCUAAAAUCUGCUAAGAAAACAGCACGGUAGACCUAUAUAAGACUGGUGAAAUCGUGGACUUAUUGUCUGCUACCUAUACUUUUGGAAGAAACCAAGUGAAGAACAUAAAGAAGGAACAGCACCCCUCCAUACUUUUGCCCGAUGAAAGGGUAAAAACAAGUUUUGCAUAAGUUAUUCAAUUUGCAAACAUAUUGCAAAAACGCGCCUAUUUGUCCAGUAGAGGUUAACCGAACUCGCCUCUUGUGAAACUGCUGCGGAAGUGCAAGCAUUGUUGAUAAGUUUUGUUUGCAAAUUCGUACCGAACAAUAGAAGCUAACGGGACUAGAUCGACAAAAUGACGUGGGAACCGCAGCAGGACGGACUUAAUCAGAUCAUCACAUUACUGAAACAAUCGCAAUCAACAGACAAUGCCAUUCAGCGAGCGGUUCAAUUGAAACUGGAGGAACUAAAUCAGUAUCCGGAUUUCAACAACUACCUGAUUUACGUGCUGACCAAACUAAAAACACAGGAUGAACCGACCCGUUCACUGUCCGGACUGAUACUGAAGAACAACAUUCGCAUCCACGGAACACAGCUACAGCCAGCGAUCAUCGAAUACAUCAAACAGGAAUGUCUGAUGGCCCUUGGAGAUCCAUCACCGCUAAUUCGAGCCACGGUUGGAAUUCUAAUUACGACGAUUGCAAACAAGGGAAGCCUUCAAAGCUGGCCGGAAUUGUUGCCAACGCUGUGUGAUAUGCUUGACUCACAGGAGUACAGUGUUUGUGAGGGUGCCUUCGGAGCACUGCAAAAAAUCUGCGAGGACUCGGCAGACACAUUGGAUAGUGCUGCUUUGAAUCGACCGUUGAAUAUAAUGAUUCCGAAAUUUUUGCAAUUCUUUCGUCACUCCAGCCCCAAAAUCAGAUCCCAUGCGAUUGCAUGUAUCAACCAGUUUAUCAUCAAUCGAACGCAAGCUCUGAUGCUGCAUAUCGAUACGUUCAUAGAGAAUCUGUUCCAUUUAUCUUCGGACGAAGACCGUGAAGUUCGGAAGAAUGUUUGUCGCGGUUUGGUGAUGCUGUUGGAGGUGCGAAUGGAUCGGUUGAUGCCACAUAUGAACAACAUUAUCGAGUAUAUGUUGGUACGAACACAGGAUCCCGAUGAGACUGCCUUAGAGGCAUGCGAAUUUUGGCUAUCGCUUGCGGAGCAGAUCAUAUGCAAAGAAGUACUGACGCCACAUUUAGCACGAUUAGCACCGGUUCUAGUACGCGGUAUGAGAUACUCCGAUAUUGACAUAAUUAUUUUAAAGGGAGACGUGGAAGAGGACGAAAUGAUUCCGGAUCGUGAAGAAGACAUAAAGCCGAGAUUUCACAAGUCGCGGACGCACACGCAGAAGGCAGGCAGCAUGAGCACGCAAGACACUGGAGCACGGUCGAUGGAGGGAAACGAUGAAGAGGAAGAUAUGGACGAUCCUUAUGACGAUAUGGACGAUGACAGUAAUCUGUCCGAUUGGAAUUUACGCAAGUGUAGCGCUGCUGCUUUGGAUGUCUUAGCAAACGUGUUCAAGGACGAUUUCCUUCCUAUUCUACUGCCCAUCUUGAAGGAAACCCUGUUUCAUCAGGAUUGGCAAAUCAAGGAAAGUGGAAUUUUGGCUUUGGGGGCAAUCGCCGAGGGUUGUAUGAAUGGUAUGAUCCCUCAUCUACCCGAGUUGAUUCCGUUCUUGAUAUCGUGCUUGUCAGAUAAGAAAGCGCUGGUUCGAGCCAUUACUUGUUGGACAUUAUCACGUUAUGCGCACUGGGUUGUAAGUCAGCCACAUGAUCAGUAUUUGAAACCGUUAAUGGAAGAGUUACUCAAGAGAAUCCUCGACGCAAAUAAGCGUGUUCAGGAAGCGGCCUGUUCUGCGUUUGCCACUUUGGAAGAAGAAGCUUGCACCGAGCUUGUUCCCUACCUAGGUUUUAUCUUGAAAACUCUAGUAUUUGCUUUCGGGAAAUAUCAGCAUAAAAAUUUGCUUAUCCUGUACGAUGCCAUCGGGACAUUGGCGGAUUCUGUCGGGCACCAUCUAAACAAACCCGAGUAUAUUAAUAUGCUUAUGCCUCCGUUGAUUCAGAAAUGGAAUAUGCUGAAGGAUGAAGAUAAAGAUUUGUUUCCGCUGCUGGAGUGCUUGUCAAGUGUGGCCACCGCUUUGCAGUCGGGUUUCCUUCCAUAUUGUGAACCUGUCUACAGGAGGUGCAUCUCGCUGAUACAACAAACGCUGAAUCAGGAUCUUGCUAGCACUGCCAGUCCAGGCCAAUAUGAGCUCCCGGAUAAGGAUUUUAUGAUUGUUGCAUUAGACCUGUUAUCAGGUCUGGCGGAAGGUUUGGAUGGUCAUAUUGAAACGCUGGUUGUUAGCAGCAAUAUAAUGCAGCUGCUUUAUCAAUGCAUGCAGGAUUCAAUGCCAGAGGUGCGGCAGUCAUCAUUUGCACUGCUGGGAGAUUUGACGAAGGCAUGUUUUCUGCAUGUCCAUCCUUUUAUUGGAGACUUUCUGCCCAUUCUUGGUCAAAAUUUGAACCCCGAACAUAUUUCGGUCUGUAACAAUGCCACGUGGGCUAUCGGAGAAAUCAGCAUAAAGCUGCGCGAAGACACCAAGCCGUAUAUCCCAUUGGUACUGGCUCAGCUUAUUGAGAUAAUAAACAACCCAAAUACACCGAAAACGUUGCUGGAGAAUACAGCAAUAACGAUCGGUCGACUCGGUCUUGUGUGCCCGCUAGAAGUGGCUCCUUCGUUACAACAGUUUGUGCGACAGUGGUGUUCAUCACUUCGAAACAUUCGGGAUAACGAGGAAAAGGAUUCGGCCUUCCGUGGAAUGUGCCAGAUGAUUACGGUCAACCCGGUCGGCGUUGUUGCCGAUUUCAUAUUCUUUUGUGAUGCUGCAGCUUCGUGGAUGAAUCCAAAAAGUGAUUUACAUGAAAUGCUGCAAAAGAUCCUGCAUGGUUUCAAGACACAAGUGGGAGAUGAGAACUGGAGCCGUUUCGUAGAGCAGUUCCCACAGCAGCUAAGCGAGCGACUAGCGGUAAUGUACAGUAUCUAAAAAGGUACCAUUCGUGUUGAGCGACGGUAUGUAAAAAGCAGUUUUAUCCUUACUUGAUGUAAAAUCAAAUCGAUUGCGUGCGCGAAACAAAGCACCAACAAAAAAUAGUGGAAUACGAAAGGGUCAAAUCAAUUGCUCUCAAAAUUAGCAGUAGUGACUAGAACGUACGCAUUUGUUCUUUUAAAUUGGCCCUAACUCAGUUUCAAUUGCGGUGAAGACGGUAUGAUUUCCAAGCAAAAUUGUUAAUCAUCUUGGCUUUGUAAAUUAGAACAGUUAUUUAACUGAGGAUCGCCUUUACAGCGUUCCAUUCGAAAUAGUAUGUUUUCAUUUUAUAUUUCAUAGGGUUUUUAUAAAUGUUGAAUUAAGGAGCAUGAGCUUCUUGUAUCUUAUUUUCCCGGUGUAGAAUUCACUAUAGCAAAAACAAAUAAAAUAUUUUCCGAUUUUAAAUGACCCACUCACUACGUAAAAUUGUAAUGGUAAAAUGUAAGCGUAAUCGUAAUUGCGUAUAUAAAAAAGGUCGUUUGAGAAUUUAUUACGAUUUACUCAAUGCUGAAUGUAGACUACUGUUCAACAUAUAUCAAAUGCGUUAGCGAAAUAAUUCCCAUCAAUUUCCCUAAAUGGAAACAAAACUCCUUUAUAAAUGAUCCUUCCUCCAAUGUGCAUCAUGAACAACUCCUAACUGGAGACUUCUGGUUCUGUUUUGAAAGUUCAGAUCAACUUGAUAUUUUAAGUUCUGAAAAGUGCACUCUGACAAAACCAUUUAUUCCGUAUAUCAGUGUAAGUGAAUGAGUUAGCCCGAGUAAAUGAGAUUGAAUGCGUGUGGGUAUUAUUUAAGUUCCAUAAUAACACAACUGAAAUUAACAAGAAGAGGAUUUGAACAAGCGGCAUAAUAUGUUGCAUUAUCCUACUUUCGAAAGCCUCCACCCGCUUCGGUUGUUGUGGUUAUUUCGUAAUAUAUGUAUAUGCAACUUAUUUUGUCGUUGCUAUAACCCCUGUUGCAGUUUGAACACAAACAUUCGAGCCAAUGCGAUGUUAUCUUCGGUUUAGAAUAGCCUCAAUAUAUGUGCGAGAAUUCUAGAUGAAUCCAGAUCAGAGUGGAUAACGCAUCAACUAAGUUACGCUGUACCUAAACAAAAAACAUCAACAAAACAGCUUCUAAUUAAUAUACGAAAAUUAAAUAAAAAAAAAUGAAAUGAAAACAUUGAUUUUUACGGUGUUGAUAAACAUAUUUAUGUCUACUGGGUAUUAUUCUAGUUCUUCGUUCACCUCAAGCUAAUUCAUCAGCAUGCGUGCUGCCGAAAUGAUUAUCUUCGGUGCACAGAUUUUGUCAGAUACAAUUAUGUAUAGGUUUGAUCCAUCCACGUUUAUGCUGAAUAUCAAAACCACUGCAAACGACACAUCACUGAACCGUAAGAACACCAGAUUGAGCAUUAGAUAAAUGAGCGCAACUGAAAAUAAAAUCCGCAGGGACAGAACAUGCUUUGCAAAACCCGUUAUAUCAGAAUGUAAAAGGAUAUAAACAUCAAGCGUAAGAAUCGGCCUGAUGUCCUAAAGCAUAAGAAUCGUGCAAAAGUAUCCCCCGAUAAAAAAUAAAGGUUUAUAAUAAAUAAUUCGUUCACAGAAAAAUUCGUAUAUCGUUACAUUCAAGAUUAAAAGACGGCCAAAAACUACUUUGUAAGAACCGGCUCUAUUUUUGUCCUGUUUUUAUACUGUUGUUUUUUAAACCUACUCUUCAUCGGAGAACCCCAGUCCUAUUUUUACGCUUGAAGCUCCGAUUUUUACACUCUAAUAUAUUUAAAGUGGACCUUACGAAACAUGUUCUGUUAUUUUGACUGAUAUUUUCGGUUACCCAAGUAUAAUAUAUAAGCAUAAGCUAACUAAAUCAUGCAUCUUUCCAUUGCAAGGCAUCGAAUGUUUGUUUGAUUUAAAACUUGCCAAUUAAAUUUCGUGAUAUUUUAGUAUAAAAAAAACUACGCCUUCGAAUCGUUCUGAUUAUGUUGAGAGAAAAAAAAGUUUGGUGUAUUAACUAUAUAUAUAAAGAAACUAAACUAAACAAGUACAGAAGACAACAUAUAACACUAAUAAUAAGAGUUAGGAAUUUUUGUACAAUCGGGAAAAUCGGGUCGCGUUCGCGUUUCGUCGUUAUAAAUCGUCGUCGUCAUCGUUAUUUGCUCGUCGGGUUCCGUGUCCGUAAUAGUUUUUGACUGUUUUUUAUUGUUUUAAUUUUGUGUAGUUUAUUUUAUUUUUUAAUUUAAAUCGUGUGAAAAAAUAAAGACCAAACAAACGUUGAACAGAUACUAUUUGAACACACUGCAACAGUUCCUUCACUGCAGCUGAUUGAUCUUUUUAGUAAGCAAAAAUAAACAAAAUGAAAGAUGCUAUAAUGAGUAAAACAUGGUGCCAUUAGAUAGUUGAAGUUAAAUAAUUAUGGUUUUAAAGUAAUGAAUGUUAAACCUGGGAAAAGCCUUCAACUUAUAUAAAGACAAACAAAAACAUAGAUUAAAAGAAUCUUAAGGAGUAUAACUGUGAACAUAAAAAUCUGAGCUAAAAACUUAUUGCCAACAUGAUGUCGGCUAACAACAUUAACAUUAGGUUAACAAAUCAAAGACUGAAAAAGCAAGAAAACAUAUUCCUCAAAUUGAAACAAAAAUCUCUGUUAUUUAUAUUUAUGUUCCUGCUGUGACACAUUUCAUGUAGUGGUUUAUCAGUAAAACUUUCGCACAUUCAGUAAUAUCUGUUCAAUACAAUUUGUAGAUGUUUACAUAAAGCAACUUAUAUAUUUUUUCUUUUUUGUUCUUGUAUAUUAGAAAUCGUCGCCGCGUAUCGUGUCGUCGUUAACCGAAAUCGUCGCGUUCGGUCGGUCCGUAAAUUAAAAGAAAAAAUCGCGUCGCGUUCCGUGAAUAAAUAAAUAAUAAAAAAGUGAAAAAGUGUAUUCGUAUUAGCGUUCCGCCGUAAAUCGUUGUGAUAUAUAAUCGUGUUCGUUCGUUGUUAGGAGUUUAUAUAUAAUAUGACUUUUUUGUUUGAUAGGUUUCAAUUAACAAAUUUUAGUUUUUGUAUCUAAGAAAUCGCGCGUCAUCUAUCGGGUUCGUGUAACACUAAGUGGAAGCCCUAUUGUUGGUCCGUCGCGUAUACCACAAUGGAAGGUGCUCGUAACAAAAAUUGAUUUAAGGUUCAGGGUAUAUCAUAAAAUGAUGUAAAUUCUUAGCAAGUAAAUCUCAAAAUUAGACACACCAACCGUUCCACAGAACGUCUGAUGUGUUUUCUUCGUUGCAUGCCGUUACAAAUUACAGUUUGCCAAAAAUCAAUCAAUAAAUAAAGCCAAUUCGAACCUCAUCAAUUGUUCCAUACAAUUACAACUAGCACACACAUACAUUUAAAACACAUAGAUCAUCAUCUAGUAAAAGAAAACACAAACUGAGAUUACAGAUAAAAGAAAUACUUUGCUCACAACUUCCUUCAUCGCAUUCAAGCAAAAAGACUCAAAUGAAAGAAGCAUAAUGAACACCACCUAUAAAGCUGUUCUCUUCUUCAGCGAUCGUCUUAUUUUGCUUGGACUCUUUCUGCUUAACGUGAAAACAAUGGUCCAUAUCACACAAAGAAAACAAUACAAGCACUAGUUAUUACACUAUAAUUCAGGAUCAAAAAAGGAGAAAUAAUACAAAACGGAUGACUUUAUAUUGAUCACUAUACAUAGUUUAUACAGAGAUAAAACUACAAAAAUCGUACGUACCUUAAAUCAAGAAACCAACCAAUCCACGUGGAUUUGGUCGCGUCGCGUUUUUUCGUCGCGGAAUCGUGUGAUCGUAUUUUAAAAAGUUCCAACACUACUAACAGAUAACUAAAUUACAAAUCUGUUCACCUAGCGUGGAAAUUUUCCUUGCACCGGAGCAGCAGUGUUGCGAAAAAGCCUAAAAUUCUGAAUCACGGAAAAUUUCCACGCCGGCAAGGAAGAGAUUUACAAAUUUAAAUACAACAGGCUGUCGUUUGGUUUUUAGAUUACCAGCAACACCUUUGCUACAUACAGGCCGAACUAUACUUAAACAAGAGAUAAAUUGCUAUUGUAACGUAGUUAAUAUUAUUAUGAGAGUAUGAGCGUUUUUGAAAAGGGUGUGUGCGCCCAUUGUGUGUGUGUGUGAUUGUAUGAUAUGUGUUAGGAUUACAAACAGAAGUCUCAAAAGUCCCGAAUCCUUGCUCCUGCCCACAAACUACCGGACAUCCUAAGAAUAUCCAAAGAUAUCCUUCUUAUCGUAUUGAUAACAACAGCAAAAUACUGCUUACUCUACACCACAUCAAAGCGCAAUCAAAAUCCAUUUUCAUCAGCGAUAGGAAGUACAUAAAUAGUAGGCAACUGGGACAUUAGUCCUUAUUCACAUACAUAUAAAAUACACGUACCCAUCGGAGUCUCAAUGUUGGCUUACGUAGCUAUGUGAAAGCCGAGUCAUUUCGGCUUGAGACAGAAAAAGCAUAGAUUCACCUGAUGUGAGAAAAAGUUUUUGUAAAACACUUUGCAUGUCUCUCCGCCUAGAGGAGCUUCAAAAACUUAGUUAAAAGUCUAGCGUGUUGUGGUAGUUUACUUUUUAUUUUAAAACAGAAAGUGGCAUUCGACAAUUCUUUCAAACUCCAAAAACGGUAGAGAAGUAGCUUUACAAAAAUCAAUAAAUUCAACUAUACUCAAAAUA